ACGCCAAAUCGGCAAGUCCUGAUAUAAUUUUCUCUAACAUGUGGUCUUGCGUUGUUUGCUUCUCAAUAACUAUAAAUAAAAUAAUUCUAUUGUUUUCCCUUAGUCUUAAAACCUUCAUUCAUCCCAUCAUGCUCGAUUUCGAAAUAAAAUUUCGUUGUGGAUCUGUUUAUGGACGAAAUAAAGAUAAUUACUGUAUUCACUGUGCUUAUUUAGUUCUAUAAAUAAUUGCCAAUUUGGCUUCUAUACAGCAAACUGCUAGCUUACUUUCAAUAUUCAACAUUUUUUAGCCGUACAAUAUUUUAUAAGUUGUGGUAAUCAUUGAGCAUUCUGAUUCAGAUUUUUGCAGUAAGGACAGAAGACCCACAGCCUCUGUUAUUCCUUUUCUAGUAUGCUCCUGUGAGUGCUUAUUCCUCCAAAAUAUUUCGCUUGAGGGUGUGUACAUCACUGUCUCGGGUAACCUGUUCCAAAUAUUGAUGAGUGCGGAAACUUAUAUGUCACGGGUAUUCUGUUCGUUCCUGGCUUUACUACUCGCCUGCAAUGCCCCAAUCUAGUGAUAGAUAAGCGAGGAGAUAUAUCAGAUUCAAAUUCACUUAGUAUUUUAUUUAUGAAAAUCAGAUCACAUCUUAAUCUGCGGUAGGGAAGAGUAAAGAGGUCUAGCUUUUCAAGCCACUCUUUGUUUAGUAAACUCCAUAGUUUAGGAGUAGCACGGGUAGCUGCCCUCGGUGCUUUUUCAGGGUAUCCGAGUUAUCUUUAAAACAGGGGCGUGCUGCUUGAAUGCAGUUUUUAAGCUUAGUCCUCACUAAUGUUGCGUAUACUGUAAUGAACAUGGUUGUAUUUAACUUAGUCAAUGUCCCUUUUAAAGCCCAUAGGGUCCUAAAGUCCCCAGUUACAACCUCCAGGCAAUGGGCUGUUGUGAUAAGCUCGCGACUUAUCCUUGUGAAACCGGACCACGGGUACAGGUACUUUCCCUUUGCUGUACCUAUUUACCUCUGUAUCCCUGAAGUGCAUGUAGACGCACUUUGCCGCGUUGAUACGCAUCAGCCUCUAUAGACCAGCUAAUCACAAUAUUUAAGUUUGUCUGAAGUGCACAUAAAUUUGUGUCUCGUGUUAUUUCUAGCCAAAUUUUUACAUCAGCGUCUCGUAACAUUGGGGAUUCAACUAUACCUGGGAGCUCAUUUACAUACAGUAUAAAAAGUAAAAAACCUAGGACAGAAUCUUUCAGUAUUCCACUAAUUACUGGUCUUCAAGUGGAGCACUUGGAAUUUAUUCUUACUUUCUAUUUAUGACCUACUAAAAAAUUCUCAAGCCAUUUUAGGAGGGUCCGGCAAUACCAAGAUAUACCAGCUUCUAUAGCAGUCUAUUUGUUGGCACUUUGUCAAAUGCUUUGUUUUAGUCUAUGUAGAAAACAUCCACUGAUUUCCCAUUCUCCAGAGCUUUUAUCCAUUGCCUCCUUGCUAUAAAGAGGUUUGUUGUGCAAGAUAAACCUUUUCUGAAACCAUGUUUUUCCCUUAAACAUCGUAGAUUAAAAAUUCUAUAACUGUGUCAGUUAUGUAUUUGCUUUGAUAAUUUAACUCGAUCGGGGAAUAGUUUAUACGAAUAUUCGUCAAUGUUAGGACGAAUGGUUUGACAUACAUUAGAUGCCGAGUAUAGAGAAGUGAGAUUUAUAUUUGAAAUAAUCUCGGCGAUUAAAAUUUGAGUAAAUCCGAUGUUUCAUCCAGCAAACUUGAUCACAGAUGCCUUAAAAAUAUUGUUCGCAUCUGCUGGGAUGAUCGGGUAAGCAACAGUGAGGUAAGGCGCAGUGUAUUAUGGAAUGAUGGCAAAUCAAUUGAUGAGGUUGUAAAUCUUCACCGACUGAGAUGGUUAAACCGCUUGUCACGUAUGCGUCAACACCGAUUACCACGAUGCGCAAUUCUGACUGGUGCUUAUUUAUUUUAUUUAUUUGAACACAUAAAUAUUGGUACAGGGGGGCACCAAAUAUAUAUGCGCCACACAAAACAAUGAUAAUUUGAAGAGAAGGAGAAAAGAGAAAAAAAAAGUAAUGAACGUGGGGAAUUAGAAAAAAAAGAGAGAGAACAAUGGUGGGGGAAACGGAAAGGUACAAUCAGAAGAGAUCUUUCAGUUAAGGAAGAUACAACCACUUUUUAUGAAGAAAGUAAAAGAAGGUUACAGCAAGAUCGCCACUGGCUUCUAUUCUGAGCCAUAUCUGAUAACGUCUCCAGCCACUGUGUUACACCGUCUUUCGGACCCCAACCAGGGAGUCGUGAAGGACUGGUGCUGGGGAUGGUUGGCAGAAAGCUAGGGGCGGCCAACCCAAAACAUGGCAUCAGUACUUGAACUCACUAACUUCUGGUCUGAGCCAUGUUGGUAGAUGUUGACUACGUGGUUGGGGUCCUCGUGACUAUCGUAAUCAGUGUUUGGAGAUUCUGUGUGACAUGACUCAGGAUCGAUCACUGGCGUAGGUGUAUACACUCUUUGUCUUCCUUUAAACCUUGAGAUUUCUGAUACAUUUUAUAUGCCGUAUAAAAUAUACAUUCAACAGAUGUUUUUUUAUCUGAAAAUAGAUUUUUGUGAUUUUUCUUGCUUUGUUUGAAUUACUAAUGAAUCACAAAAACUUUCCUUUUGACUAUUUAGAGGCAUUAAAAUGCAUGCUCAAUCUAAACGCCCCUCCAAAUUCUUCGGACGGACCACAAUGGAAAAUCUUGAUAUACGAUCAACUGGGAAGAGAUAUCAUUUCACCAUUAUUAACAGUCAAGGAUUUACGCAUGCUUGGUGUCACACUACAUUUAAUGUUACACUCGCCACGUGAACAAAUCCCAGAUGUUCCCGCUGUUUAUUUCGUUUACCCUUCCAAAGAUAAUAUUAAUGUUAUAUGCAAGGAUUUUGAAGCAGGAAGAUACGAUUCGUAUUACUUGAAUUUUAUCAGUCCAAUAUCACGCGAAUACCUUGAAGAAAUAGCUCAAACAGCAUUAUCUGAAAAUUGUGUUCAUCAAAUCUCAAAAGUUUUCGAUCAGUAUACAAAUUUUAUUUGUUUGGAGGAUGAUUUAUUGACUCUUAGCUCACCCACUGAUGGUCCUUCUUCCUUUUAUGCUCUUAAUCGUGCGAAAGCUACAGAAGUGGAUAUGGAAAAUUUAAUCCACUCAGUUGUUGACGGAUUAUUUUCAAUUUUUGCAACACUUGGCUCAAUACCUAUUAUACGUUGUCCUCGUGGUAAUGCUUCUGAAAUGGUAGCAUGCCAGCUGGAUUCGAAAUUUCGUGAUAGCCUGCGAGACUCUAGGAAUUCACUUUUUAUGAAUAAUACAGCUCGUGGUUACGGUAUCGCUGCAAAUGACGACUCAUCUGGAGAACGUUUAGGAUUGAACUCUUCAUCACCACUUAGUCUUUUAAAUAGGAACUCUCAAAUAAACUCACCACCAAACUUAUUUCAGCGUCCACUGUUGAUUAUUUUAGAUCGCAGUUUAGAUUUGGCCUCUCCACUACACCACGAGUUGUCCUACCAAAGUUUAAUCCAUGAUAUCUUUAAUAUUCGUCUCAACCGUGUUCAUGUGAAUUUAGAUUUGGCUAAGCCUAUUUCAGAUGAUGAAAAAUCCAGGAUACCAGAAAAUAAUAGUAAAAAAUCAAAUUCUAAAAUAGUUGAGUAUGAUUUAACAGGAUCAUGUGAUCGUAUAUGGAGAGAUUUUAGAGGUGCUGCAUUUUCUGAUGUUGCAGAAGCUAUACAUGAAGAGGUGACAAUACUAAAAGAUUAUGAUAGACGUAUGGGUGAAUUGAAAUCAUCACUUGGUGGUUCAACAGAUAUAAAUAUGCUGGCAACUUCAUCAACAAUGACGUUUCUAGAUGAUAGUACAGCUAAAUUAACAAAUGCUAUCAAUUCUUUACCCCAAUUAAUGGAACGUAAACGAUGUCUUGAUAUGCACACAAAUAUUGCAACUUGUCUAGCCAAUGUAAUCAAAGAUAGGCAGAUACAUUCUUUUGCUGAAGAAGAAGAUCAUCUUCUUGCUAAAAACAAUCCAUCCACGGAACAAAGUUUAGUCGAGCUAAUUAGUAAUCCGUCAAUUGGUACACCUGAGGAUAAAUUACGCUUGCUUAUUAUUGCUGCUUUAGCGGGUACCAGCAGAACUGGUACAAACACUAGUAAUACAUCAAGUAAUAUGAUUACCAGUGGAUCUGGAAGUGCAUUAAAUAAUUUCAAUUCAAAUACUAGUGGCAUUGAUUUUUGUUUAUCCGAUACAGAAGUUGAUCGUUUGAAAGCACUGUUACAAAACUCCUAUCCUAAUCUUGAUAUGAGUCCUGUGAAUUAUAUUCAACACUUUAGGAAAAUUCCAAAAGCUGGUCAACUAACUGAUAAUAUAAUGGAGAAUGUUAAAGGAGCUGGUAGUCGAAGUGUACUUAAUAAAAUUGUUUCACAUGGUUCAGCUAUAUUGCUGACUGGGAUGAGGCAUUUGAUUGGUCAGAAAUCAUACCUCCCGUUUACUCGCAUCGUAUCUCAGUUAAUGGAAAAUAAAAGUGGUUCUGAAUUUGAAGACUAUCGCUAUUUUGAUCCGAAAUUGUACAGGCGUCAAGAUUCUAAUAUUCCUCGUGUCAAACAACCUUUCGAUGAAGCUUUUGUCUUUGUCGUUGGUGGCGGAAGUUAUGUUGAGUACCAAAAUCUGUUAGAUUGGGUCAAAUCAACUUGUUCCACUACAUCUGGCACAUCUAACACUUCGUCAACAUCCUUAACAAAUUCUGUUAAUGGGAUAAACAGUCGUCCUGGCCCAGGAGGUCAUGACUCAUCCAGUGCUUCUAAUAUUGGUACAGCUUAUUCCAAACAUAUUACUUAUGGCUGUAGUGAUCUUGUUAGUCCGAGUGAAUUUUUAUUAGAAUUGGGAAAACUUGGGCAGGAGUUGUAACUUCAAAGUUAUCAAUAAUUCUGGUCGUACAACUAAAAAAUUUUCAGUUACCUCUUGGAUACAGUGAUUACUUUGGGUUUUAUAUGCUCUGUAAAUUUCUUCUUCUGUGAUGAUAUUUCUUCUAGUGUUUGGCCUGUCAGUUAUCUUAAACGUUCAUUUACACUAAAUUUGAUUUUUUUUAAUUAUUGUACUUCUUGUUAUAUGUCUAUAUUUCUUAUUGAAAAUUUUUCUGUUAUAUCUAUGUUGGGAUUUCUUGAAUGUAUUCUAAUUUGUAUCCACAUUUUAGAUUAUUCACUACGUGAUUAUAUUGUUCAUUAAAAAUUGAAUUGUUUGGAAAUAUAAAUGUUCUGUGAUUG